AUUAUAUAUUCUUUGCAUGUCUUCUUCCACAACACUCUUAUCUUUCCACUACCUCUCCCUUCCCUUCUCAUCUCACAAGUCAAAAUGGAAAAGAAACCAGUAAACUCAGCAACCCGAUCACUUGCCACUCAGCUUCUCUUCCUCAUUUCAAGUAUUCUCUACAUGUGCACUUCGGCCACAGCUCAAGAGCUUCUCGUUGGCUUCAAAGCCAACCCAAGUUCAUCAGUCUCAUCCUUUCAGUCUCUCUUGAAUGACUCAACAAGCACCUUUUCUCUAGGUUUCCUCCGAGUCAACCAAACCCAACUCGCCCUCACAGUCAUCCACCUCCCUUCCCUCCAGCCACUCUGGCAGGCUAACCCAACAAGCUCGUUUCGUUGGUCAGACAAGACCCAGCUCUUCUUCAAUGGUAGUCUUGUGAUAUCUGAUCCACACAAGAGGUCAUUUUGGUCCACAGGAACGUCCCAACAAGGUGACAAAGUUGUCCUCCUGAACUCCUCAAACCUACAAAUACUACAAAAACAAGUUGUUCUCUGGCAAAGUUUCGAUUUUCCCACAAGUACCCUCGUCGAGAACCAGAAUUUCACUUCCAACAUGUCUCUCGUCUCCUCCAACGGGCUUUACUCCAUGCGCUUAGGAGAUGACUUCAUGGCCCUGUACGCAAGGUUCAAAGAUGGGAAAACGCAACAAAUGUACUGGAAACACAAAGCCUUGGAAGCUAAAGCAGAAGUUGUUCAAGGACAAGGUCCGAUCCAUGCCCGACUCGAAUCCGAUGGGUUUUUGGGCAUGUACCAAAUGGGAAAAACCCCGGUAGAUAUUCAACCUUUCAACAGCUUUCAUCGACCUAUUGACAGAUUCCUGAUGGUCCAGUUAGAACCCGACGGGAACCUCAAAGGCUAUUACUGGGCUCAAACCGACUGGGUCUUGGACUACCAGGCUAUCACUGAGACGUGUGAGUUGCCCAGUCCCUGCGGUCCCUACGGUUUGUGCAGAGCCGGGUCGGGCUGCUCCUGCUUGGAUAACCGGACCCAGGUGGACACUGCGUCAUUUCAGUGCAUUGAUGGGGAUGAUCAGUCCGGCGAUUUUUGCAGUGGAAGUGAUGAUUUCUGGGUUCUGAGAAGGAAAGGGGUGGAGUUACCGUUUAAGGAGUUGAUGGAUUCGGACACAACAUCAUCGUCUGUGGAGGAAUGUGAGCUGUCUUGUCAGAGGAACUGCAGCUGCUGGGGUGCAGUUUACAACAACGCAACCGGGUUUUGUUACCCUUUGAAUUACCCGAUCCAAACACUGGUGGGUGUGGGUGAUGAGAGUAAAGUCGGGUAUUUCAAGGUGAGAACCAAACGUAGUUGGCAUAAGAAAAUGAAAGUCGGUAUUCGGGUUCUUGGGGCGGUUAUUGUGGUUCUGACCGGAGUUGUGCUUGGGUAUGGAGGUUAUAAGAUCUGGAAUAGGAGGAGAAGAGGGCCUAAACGGGUCUUGGAGGAGAAGACUGAGGUAUCACCCGGACCGUAUAAAAAUCUCGGGUCGGCUAGUUUCAAGUCUAUCGAGAUGUUUUAGUAGCAACUUGCCAAAAAAAUAAGAGAUGUUUUUGUAGCGGCAGUGACGUAAGGGAUGACCUUCUUUUCAGAGGCCAGUGGGGUUUGACUUUGGGUGAAGUUAAUAGGUGGGGCCGGUCAUUGCCAGGUUGGAUACCCCAGAAGUUUUUACCGGUCAACUUAUUUUGCAUUUGGGACCCGACAAGAUAUUUAUGAGGGAGACAAAGUCUAGUGUGCUUGGAGCAUGUUGCAAUGUCAAAAGGGCUUCGACAAUCCUAGCCCUAAUCGUCGCCACUCUCAACCUCCUUACUUAUUGAUCAUGCUUCUCAACACACAGAAGCCACAGCAUUCUCUCUAUUUUCCAUGCAGUCGGUGCCUUAAUUUCUUCAACUUGUUGUGAUUGAGGCUAUGGUUUCAAAUGAUACCAUCCACCCAUACAUCGUGUUUUGAUAUAAAAUUCCAAUUCUUCCAUGUAA